CUCUGUGGGUCUCCCCCACAGUGUCUCAGAUAUGAUUUGUUUCAACACCGCCUUAAAGGGGCAGGCACACCCGGAGGACCUAACUCUUAAAGAGACAGGUCAGUUGGGCUGAAAUUGUUGUAGAGGUAAGUGAGAAUCCUGAUAGAUCCCUGUCUUCAGCGUUGGAAUCCUCUCUGGAGGGGCCAAGAUGCCUUGGAAGUUUAGGACUUGAGUGAGAGAGGUUAGAAAAUGGAGGAAAAAGGGUAAUCCCGAAGACUUGAAGUACCGGUCAGGGGUGGGGCAUCUGGAUUCUGGGGGAGCGGGAAACACAGGGGUGGAGCCUACAGGCCAGGGGGAGGGCCUCGGAUCCCGAAGCCAAACCCACAAGCCGCGGUGCGAGCUGAGGGGCUUAGUUUGAGGAUCAAAGGUCCUAUGCAGAUGCCCUCAAUGAUCUAGUCUUGUGCUUGAGAAAUAUUCCCCAUGAUUUUGAGGAACGCAGAUAGGGCAGGAAUCCUGAUCGCAGACCCUUGCCUGUCCCGAGGGCGUGUAAACACCGGCACGUGGACGCGGAUUCGGGGAUGCUCCCACGCUCCUUGCUACCAGGACUGCCCGCGCAGGGCGACGGGUGGAGCCGAGGGACCGCGGCUAGACAGGGUGACCCGACUGCAUUCCUGGCCGGUGUGUCAGCGCCGCUUCCCACCCCCUCUGCCGGGGUUUCGGAGCCUACUCCAGAAUCGGGAUACCGUCCCUUCUCCUGCGGUUUUGCAGAGCGGGGUGUGUGUGUGGUGGGGAGUCAGCGGAAGAGGAAGUGUUCGCUUAGCUAGGGAUCUCCAGACAGUUCCCCCCCGCGCGUGGGCGAAGGACUCCGGGGCGCAAACCCUGCGGGCUCCGAGACUACAAUUCCCAAGGGAACCGAAAGGCGAGGCUCGGGUUGUCCGCCGCGCGUGCUGCUGGGGGUUGUAGUCCAGCCCUGGUUUUGAGUUUCUGCUGGGGAAUUCUGUACGGAUCCAUUCCCCCCUCCUUUUUUUUUUUUUUUUUAACCGACGGGGAGAUUGAGGAUCAGAGCCUGAGAGGAUACUGAUUUAGUGGGGCGCUUUUCUAGCCCUAGGAGGAGGCAUCCGAGUCCCAUCUCCCCAGCCUCCAAUCUUCUCACGCUUUUGGUGGUGUCCAAAUCUUAACUCCCGAAAGGGGAAACUGAGCCAAGAGAGUUGAGGGAGAGCUCAGGAGCCCGUCUUCUGCAACUCUAAUGAAGUAGCAGUCUCAGGUUUUCUGCAUAUCGCAGCUCUGGUCGCCCACGGCUUCGGAAUCUCGCUCUUCCUGUGAAAUGGACCCUGAGUGAAUCCCAAUGGGAAGGUCUGCGUCCUGCCCUCCGGACUACAAGUCCCAAGGUGCUCGAGGUGACCUCACUCCCCCUCCCCUGUGGGACCCGCCUCCCUCCAGCCCCAGUCACGUCGUCUAACCUGUUCCCGGAGCCCGCCCCGCCCCGCCCCAUCCUCGGCUCCCCGCAGCUGGAACCGGAGCCGGAGGAAGCCCCCCGUGCCAGGAUCUGCCUCGGAUCCGAGCUGUCACGUCCCAGCUGGGGCAGUGGAAGGGCGAAGAGCUUGCGGGGUCGUGCUCCCUGGGCCUGGUGUCCGGGGACAGGGUCUGAGCCGCUCCCCCACCGCGCAGGCGCCCCGCUGCGGCCGGCACCAUGGACAGCGAGGCUUUCCAGAGCGCGCGAGAUCUCCUGGACCUGAACUUCCAGUCCCUGGCCAUGAAGCACAUGGACCUGAAGCAGAUGGAGCUGGACACCGCGGCCGCCAAGGUGGACGAACUGACCAAGCAGCUGGAGUCGCUGUGGUCAGACUCUCCUGGCUCACAGGCUGGAGCCUCCACUAGGGCCUCUCCACAGCAUUCCCGGUACAGCUCCAGCCCGAUCCCUGAGCCCUUCAGCAGCCGAGGCUCCCCGAGAAAGGCGGCCACUGACAGUGCAGACUCCCCGUUUGGGCGCUCCGAGAGUGCGCCGGCAUUGCACUCCUACAGCCCUCUGUCCCCCAAGGGCCGGCCGUCGUCCCCGCGCCUACUUUACCUUCAGCCCGAGGCCUACGGCAGUCUGGACCGCGCGCCCUCGCCCCGGCCGCGUGCCUUUGAUGGCACCAGCAGCCCCCUGGGCCGUGCGCCGUCCCCGCGGCCCGGCUCGGGCUCGCUCCGCCAGCAGGGACCCUCUGCGACCCUGGACUUCCUGAGCCGCUCGGGCUCCCCACGUAGUAGCCCUCUGGCAGAGGCGCCCCAGGCCUUCUUCCCCGAGCGUGGACCCUCACCCCGCCCUCCUGCCUCUGCCUACGAUGCGCCCACCACUUUCGGGAGCCCCCUGCUGGGUGCGGGCGGCAGUGCCUUCGCCCCACCUCUGCGAGCCCAAGAUGACCUGACUCUGCGCCGGCGCCCCCCUAAAGCCUGGAAUGAGUCUGACCUGGACGUGACGUAUGAGAAGAAAUCUUCUCAGACAGCGAGCUACGAACGCCUGGACAUGUUCACUCGGCCUGCCUCGCCGGGCCUGCAGCUGCUGCCCUGGAGAGAGAGCAGCCUGGAUGGGCUGGGGGCCUCGAGCAAGGACAAUCUCACCAGCGCCACCUUGCCGCGCAAUUACAAGGUCUCUCCUUUGGCCAACGACAGGCGCUCCGAAGUGGGCAGCUACCGACGCUCGAUGGGCGCCACAGGUCCAUCGGGCACUUUGCCCCGCAGCUGGCAGCCUGUCAGUCGCAUCCCCAUGCCGCCUGCCAGUCCACAGCCCCGCGGGGCCCCGCGCCAGCGCCCCAUCCCACUCAGCAUGAUAUUCAAGCUGCAGAACGCCUUCUGGGAGCACGGGGCCAGUAGGGCCGUGCUGCCUGGGUCCCCUAUCUUCUCCCGAGCACCGCCACCUAAGCUGCCUCCCCAAUCCCAGCAGCUCCCCCAGUCUCAGCAGCUCCUCCAGCCCCUGGCCCAGCCUCAGCCCCAGCCCCAGUCCCAGCCCCAGCCCCAGCCCCAGCACCAGCCCCAGCCCCAGCCCCAGUCUCAGCCCCAGCCCCAGCCCCAGUCCCAGGCUCAGCCCCAACUCCAGCCCCAAACCCAGGCCCAACCACCUGCCCCAGCUGCCCAGCCCCCCCAACAGACUUGGGCCCCUAUAAGUGAAGGCCUCCUUAAAUCCCCUGCGGAGCUGGAGCCAGAGCCUGAACUUGAGGUGCUGCUGACCCCGGUGCUGGAGGCUGGCGAUGCAGAUGAAGGCACUGUCACUCGACCCCUCAGUCCCACAAGGCUGCAGCCAGCACUGCCGCCUGAAGCACAGUCAGUGCCUGAGCUGGAGGAGGUGGCUCGAGUGCUGGCAGAGAUCCCACGGCCUCUCAAACGCAGAGGCUCCAUGGAGCAGAGCCCUGCCAUGGCGCUGCCGCCUACCCACAAGAAGCAGUACCAGCAGAUCAUCAGCCGCCUCUUCCACCGGCAUGGCGGGCCAGGGCCUGGGGGGCCUGAGCCAGAGCUGUGCCCCAUCACUGAGGGAUCUGAGGCCAGGGCUGGGCCCCCUGCUCCUGCCCCACCAGCCCCCACACCACCCCCAGCCCCACCCCAGAGCAGCCCACCGGAGCAGCCCCAGAGCAUGGAGAUGCGCUCCGUGCUUCGGAAAGCGGGCUCCCCGCGAAAGGCCCGCCGCGCGCGUCUCAACCCCAUGGUGCUGCUGCUGGACGCGGCGCUGACUGGAGAGCUGGAGGUGGUGCAGCAGGCGGUGAAGGAGAUGAACGACCCAAGCCAGCCAAACGAAGAGGGCAUCACGGCCCUGCACAACGCCAUCUGUGGUGCCAACUAUGCGAUUGUUGACUUCCUCAUUGCUGCAGGCGCCAACGUCAACUCCCCCGAUAGCCAUGGCUGGACGCCGUUGCACUGCGCGGCGUCGUGCAACGACACGGCCAUCUGCAUGGCGCUGGUGCAGCACGGCGCUGCCAUCUUCGCCACGACGAUCAGUGACGGUGCCACUGCCAUCGAGAAGUGCGACCCCUACCGGGAGGGCUACACCGACUGUGCCACCUACUUGGCAGACGUGGAGCACAGCAUGGGGCUAAUGCACAACGGCACGGUGUACGCGCUCUGGGACUACAGCGCCGAGUUCGGGGAUGAGCUGUCCUUCCGCGAGGGCGACUCUGUCACCGUGCUGCGGAGGGACGGGCAGGAGGAGACCGACUGGUGGUGGGCAGCGCUGCACGGACAGGAGGGCUACGUGCCACGGAACUACUUUGGGCUCUUCCCCAGGGUGAAGUCACAGAGGAGUAAAGUCUAGCAGGACAGAGAACGACGUCUCCCAGGGAGACAGAAGCACCGCCUACCUGCUCCCCAGACCUCAGACCCCCCUCAUCCUUUAUGCUGCGCCUCUUGCUCUGCAGGCUUGGGGCCCUCACUGCCACAUGGUGCCCCCUCAGAAUCCCAGGGGAGGAGAUCCCAGCCUUCAGUUAUAGGAACCUGUCUUAGCCAUGGGAAGUCCAGGGAGUGGGGCUGGAGUUUUUUUUUUUUUUUUUUUUUUCAUUUAUGGUACUGGGGAUUGAACACAGGAGCUUUAUACUGAGCUGCAACCCCAGCCAGACCUUUGUUUACCUUUUUUUUCUGAAACAGAGCCUUGCCAAAUCACUACAUUGUCCAGGCUGGGCUUGAACUUGAGGUCCUCUUGCCUCAGCUUCCCAGAGUGCUGGGAUUACAGGCAGUUGUCACCAUGCCCUGCUGGGCUGGAAAUCUUUGGGGACAGGAUACUCCCUACAUUUGCCAAAUCAUAUGCAUCCGAAGUGCCUCUCUAUCCGACUGCCAACAGCCCCGAGCCCUGGCCAGCUAAACUGCCCUCCCAGCUGAGGCUGGAGCAGGUGACCCUAUCUCUUUAUUGUCCUGAGGGUCACUUCUGACCCUGUAUUUCUCAGCAGAUUUGUGAUUCAGGUAUCACACAUUGGCCUCUACUAGGAUCUCUGUUCCUUCUCUCCCCAGUUAAGUGCCUUCACGUGCUGGUUUUAUGUGUAUAACAAGAUGGGGAAAUUUUUCCUUAUAAAUAAAAGAAGUUUAUUGACUUCUCA